UUCGUGCAGUGCAUUCAGGUCUGUCAUACGCAACUCGUCGCUCUCCCAAUCCCCCCCUCGGACCCAAUCAACACUCCCUGCAGUCGGUUCCCACUCCGACAAUCUACAAAAGCCCACAAAGCCGGCCGCCUCGACGCGUCGGAAGACAACAAGAACAAGCAAUGUCUACUUUUGCAAUGGGCAAGGGUCUGAUAGACCCGCGGUACUGCUGUUGCGGUUAGUCCCAGCGAUUGUGAAAGAAUACCAGUGAAAGAAUACCAUGUACUGAUUCCGUCCAGCUGUACCACUCGUCAACACUGGUAUAUAUACAGUCUUGGGCGAACAUGCGGUCAUUGGCGCAGCUAUUGGCAUCAUGGUGCUUGCUACUCCUGAUGUCGUGGGAGCAUCCUUCCCUUCAUUUGGAGGAGUCAUAUUCGCCAUAAUCUGCUUUGUCAUCGCAGGGCUGCAACCUAUAGGAUUUAUAGGGGUAGUCAGAGAAAAAUCAUCGACGUUCAAGGUGUACACGCUGCUGAAUGGUCUUGCCGUUGUAGCUGGCUUUGUGUGCUCGGCGGCACUCAUCAUCGCUUCCGCUCUCAAACAUGAUACCGCUGUCACCGCAUGCGAGGAAAAGUUCUUUUCAGACACGACAAGCACUUCGUCGUCUGCCAACUCUACACUGGCCAGCGAAGGGCAAACACUGUGUAGCGCUUUCGCUUGGGCGGAUAUAGGGAUGAUGGGAGGCCUCUGGGUGAUCAUGCUCAUUGUCCAACUCUACUUUCUCUACCUGACGCGGGUAUAUUCAACAUCCCAAGUCGACGAUCACAAGCUCUACCAUUCCGUCUACAACGAGAAUCCGGAAGCAUUCACAAUGUCUGUUCUUCGUUCCAGUCGCUACAACCCCGGCUCGACUUACAACAUGCCUGGUCCUCAUGCCGAUGCUUGGGAUACUCGGGCGAGCAUGGAUUCUGUUCAAGACCAGGGUAAUCAGAGGGCGUACCAUGAUGCGGGGUAUCAAGACGAUUACCAGCACGGGCGGUAUGAGGAUGCGUCUGGAGAACCACAAGGUUACCCUCCAACCUAUUCCGAUGGGCACGGGCAGCAAUAUCCAUUCAGCACCCCGGGUGGUGGCUACGUGGAUCACCCAGCCGAGGCGCGUAUGAGGGAUGAGGAGAUUACGCCUGUCGCCAAUCAAUACCACGAAGGACAGGGGGUGGGGUACUCUGGAAAUGCGGGUGUCGGGGCGGGGGCGGGAGGCAUCUCGCGGCCAGAAGAGGCGCAAUACCAUCCAGGUGGGCAUUAGUCCUCCUUGCGGUGCGUGCGAAAUGUUGACCGACCUGGCAGCUGAGGGAAUGUUUGGAAGAAAGACUCCAAGGAAUGCUGAUUAGAUCAGGACGGACGAAGGUCGAGCUGCUUGGAUGAUGUUCAUACAAAGCUUGCUUUGAAGAUUACGACUUGACGAUUUAUGUAUUUGCUGAUACCCGUUGUUUGUGAGCGUGGUCAACCGAUCUCCCACCUGCUCUGGGAUGCACCAUGCGCCAGGA